AUGUCAUGCUCAGAAGAACAAACGACGUCGUCACCAAAGUCAACAAAUUUUUUGUCACCUGUUAUGACCUCUAUAACUUCUAUAACUUCUUCAACUUCUUCAACUUCUAAAACUAAGCGGUCUUCUGUUUUAGAAGUUCUUACAACUCCAGAAUUGAUUCAUAACAUAUUUGAAUACCUUUCUGUUCCACAAUUAGUCAAAGCAAGAUCUGUGUGUAAGCAAUGGUACCAAAUCGUCAGUAUUCCUUCUCGAGUGGCUUCUUACAUUAACUAUACUGUAAGCUCUAAACCCAAGAAAGUUUAUAUACUCACCAAUAGCACAUAUUCAUAUGACGGAGUUACAUGCAUUACCGAUACCGAAGUAUAUAUUACUGGUGUAUAUACAAAUAAACGAAAAGCUCAAAUUGAAUUAAGUAAAAAAUACGAACAAGAACAAGAAAUGUAUAGUGAUCUUGAAGAUGAUAACACUUCAAUUAUGGGAGGAAUUGAGAGGAGAGGUUAUUUUGAUUACGCUAGUAAUCAAGGUGAAGUUUGGGAACUUGGGGAAUAUGAUUUGAAUAACGAAAAGUUAAAUGAUAAUGAAUCAUUGGAAUCAUCGUCACAACAAGAAUCGAUAGAAUUAGAAUCCGUAGAAGAAAAUGGUGUCACUUAUUAUAUCAUUGAUUAA